AUGGCACUCUACGAAGCGCUAUACGGGAGGAAGUGCCGGUCACCGAUCUAUUGGGACGAAAUCGGUGAGAGAAAGGUGCUAGAUCCAACCACUAUUCCAUGGAUGGAGAAUGCUCGAGAAAGAGUCAAGUUGAUACGACAAAGUCUCCAAAUAGCUCAAAACCGAAAGAAGAGCUACGCGGACAAUCGAAGAAAAGAUCUGGAGUUCGAAGUUGGGGACUGUGUUUUCCUUAAGGUCACACCAUUACGAAGUGUCACGGCGGGUAGAGGAAAAAAACUUCAACCGAGAUUCGUCAGACCUUUCAAGAUUCUCCAAAGAGUUGGUAAAGUAGCGUAUCGACUUAAACUACCGUCAAGUCUAUCCAGAAUUCACAACGUCUUCCACGUCUCGAUGCUUAAAAAGUAUUAUCCUGAUACGUCUCACAUCUUACAGCCAGAGGAAGUCGAGAUAGAUGAAUCCCUCACCUACGAAGAGAAGCCAGUACAGUUGCUCGACCGAAAGGUUAAAGAGUUGAGAAACAAACGAAUACCUUUGGUGAAGAUUUUGUGGAGAAAUCACGGAAUUGAGGAGGUUACCUGGGAGCAAGAGGAAGUCGAGAUAGAUGAAUCCCUCACCUACGAAGAGAAGCCAGUACAGUUGCUCGACCGAAUGGUUAAAGAGUUGAGAAACAAACGAAUACCUUUGGUGAAGAUUUUAUGGAGAAAUCACCGAAUUGAGGAGGUUACCUGGGAGGUGGAAGAAGAAAUGAAAAAGAAAUGCCCUGAACUGUUUGAAAAUCAAGAUGAGAAAUUUCGAGGGCGAAAUUCUUUUCAGGGGGAGAAAGUGUGA